UGCCAAACCCACUGUGUGGCAUGCUGGAUGGUACACUGCAGUCAGUGGAGAUAACUGGACUUUUUCAGCUAUUUUUGGGCACACAAAAAAAGACAAAGCAACGCAGCAUCGGCACUCGCUGCCUGGUCCCUUCUCCUUCCCCUAUUCCCCCGGUAAUACCCGGAUUCCCAAGCUGCAACCAUGGUGGUGAUGAAGAUGAAGUUCACCUUUCAGAAAAGGGUGAAGCUAGCUCAGGGACUGUGGCUCCUCUCCUGGUGUGCCACACUGGCCGGGGCUUUCACCUUCAGCCUGGGCUGCAUCCUCAAGACGGAGCUCCGCAGGAGGGAAGAGGUUAUGGAUAACUCAAACGUACAUGUUGUGCCCAACACUCUCAUGAUUGUUGGCCUGGCCUCUUUGGGUAUCAACUUCUUUGCUUCAAAGAUCUGUCAGGAUGUUCUGGACGCCGGGAGAUUUUCUCGCUGGAAGAACAUGCUAAAGCCGUAUUUUGCCAUCUCUUGCUUCUUCACUGUCCUCAUGCUGCUGGCUGUCAUCAUGAGCUUUGCAAUGAAGGGCAGUCUGGAGUCAUCUCUGAAGAUCGGCCUGAGGAACGGCAUCCGCUUCUACAAGGACACAGACACCCCGGGCCGCUGCUUCCAGAAACAGAACAUCGAUCGCCUGCAGAUGGAAUUCCAGUGUUGUGGAAACAAUGACUUCAGGGACUGGUUUGAGGUCCAGUGGAUCAGCAACCGCUACCUUGAUUUCAGCUGCAAGGAAGUAAAAGAUCGCAUCAAGAGCAACGUCGAUGGUCGUUAUUUGGUGGAUGGAGUCCCAUUCAGUUGCUGUAACCCCAGCUCUCCGAGGCCAUGCAUCCAAUAUCAGCUCACAAACAACUCAGCUCACUAUAACUAUGAAUACCAAACGGAGGAACUCAACCUGUACCUCCGAGGCUGCAGAGAGGCCCUGGCCAGCUACUUCAUGGGCUUGAUGAACACCAUUGGGGCUGGAGUACUGUCAGUCUUCCUCUUACAGGGCUCUGUGCUGAUGAGCUUGCGAUUCCUGCAGACUGCCAUGGAGGCAGUGGAAGGGAAUGAAAACACAGAGAUUGAGACAGAAGGGUACUUGCUGGAGAAAUCAGUGAAAGACACUGUGAUGGAAUUUGUCGAUCCUGUGAUGAAGUUCUUCCUUUUUAAGAACCAGGUGGAUGAGGACUCUUCUGAAGCCCCAGCUGCCCCCUAAACCACACAGAAAACACACAUGUGAAUAUUUUAUACACCGAGAGCGCAACCAAUGAAUGAUAAUGUAUGACUUCAAUAUAAAGACAAUACUUAUUUAACAUUCAUAUGAAUUGAACAUAUAAAGAGAAAACAAUUGUUUUUGUAGCCAUCAAAUGGUAAAAUACAUAUUUACUAUACAUUCUUUAUAACAACAUACUGUGUAACAUCAGAAAAGAUACCCACCCUAAAAACUUUUUUUCAAGUUGCAUAUCUCUACCUGCCUUUCUUCUCCCUGUUAGUGAAAGCAAUAGGAUUAUGAGGAUUGACAUAAUCAUUGUCAGUAAUGCAUUUAAAGCCAUUAAGUGUGUCCCCUGUUAGGAAACCUUGCUAAAGCCUUUGAUCCCAUUUGUUAAUACUCAACGUGCUGCCCUUGCAGUUGGACUCCUUCGUCAGGUGAAUGUAUGGACAGUUAACUGUGCCACUGCUUUGUUUGCUUAUGAAAAUUUGAGAACAGGAAAAAUUAUAAUUUUGAGAUCUGACUUUUCAAAUUUGGACGAGAAGUCUGUGUUCCACACCCAUGUCCCUGGGCAGGUCAUUUCAUUUAAAAGAUAAAUAUACUACACUUUCUUUAUUACCAGAAUCAAAACUAUUGGUUGAUCGCUGGAAUCUAUUUGUAAUAUUAACCCAUGUAAAUAGCUUAAAUAAAGAUUAAUUUAAAAACAUGA